AACAACAACAAUACCAACAGUUACCAGAUAAAAUAUCAAAUAGAAAAAAGAAAAUCAUGCAUUGAUAUUGUUAUUGACAAUGCUAUACGUUUAUCAAAUGAAAAUUUAUUCAUCCAAUGGCAGCUGCAGUAUGAAGAGAAAAAACAUAAAAAGAUUCAACAGCAACAAAAAUGUCAUCAUUCGAAUGAUAAUGAUCAUCAUGAUAAUAAUGAUGAUGAUGAUGAUGAUGAUGAUGAAAUUUUAUACGAAUCAUCAGCAUCGUUACUGGAAUAUCGAUGGCCAUUGUUUAGAAUUUUUCCAGAUAAGAUUAAUGAGUUAAAUGAAAAAAUUCUCAUCAUUUUUGAUGAGAAAAUUUCUUGGAAACAUUAUGGAAUAUCAUCAUCAUCAUCAUCAUCAUGUUUGCCGUUUUCAAUGAAUCGUAAUCAUAUUGAUGUUCUAAUCAAUGGACAAAGUACAAUCAAUUGGCUUUGCAAGCAAUGGAUUAAUAAUAAUAUUCUUGUCGUACAGAUUCCUGAUAAAUUUUUCGAUUAUCGAUCACGGAAUUCUUUUCCAUUAAAUAUGGCCAUCAUUUUAAAUGGACAACAUAUUCUAGGCAGUCAAAUGAUUCAUUAUGGGAAUCAGAUUCGAACCACAUCGACAAGAAUGAGUGAUGCAGAAAUGGCAACAAUUAAAAUCAAGUCUUUGAAACCAAACGAAUUGUUAUGUCAUACAUUUGGUGUCGAUUCUAUCGAUCAAGUUGAUCAUUAUCUAUCAUCUUUAUUCGAUGUAGCUAUUCGAAAUAGUACAACAUCAACAUCGAAUACACAAUGGCCAACAUGGUUUCAUUUUUGUGCCGUAUAUGGAUUAGAAAAACUAUGUUUGAAAUUGUUGAAAAAAUCAACUCAACAACAACAAUUAAAUCAAGCAUUAUUAAUUCGUAAUUGUUCAGGUUUGACACCGAUUGAUUUAGCUCAUCAAUAUGAACAUCGAAAAAUUGUCGAAAUGUUCAAUGAAAUUAUGAAUAGAAUCGAACAAAAAUCUUUGUCCAAUACAAAUUUAAUGUUCUUGAAUUCCGGUAAUGAAUUGAUGGCGAAACAAUGUUCUGAUGAUGAUGACAAUGGCAAUAACAAUGGUAAUAAUCAAUUUCAGCAGCAAACAUUUUCAAUGGUUGAUGGCAAUGAACAAAAUGAAAAAUACCGGAAACAUUUUACGGAUUCAUAUUACACAUCUUAA